GCAGCCCACCAGGCUCCUCCGUCCAUGGGAUUUCCCAGGCAAGAGUGCUGGAGUGGGGUGCCAUUGCCUUCUCCGGCUUACUAGAGUGAGCAUCUGCCUAAUGGGGAGUCAGGAAGCUCCUUAGUGAUCAGCAGGGGCUUUGGGGAAGUUACAAAGGGGUUCAGUUUCAGAGGUGACCUUGGUCGUGAGCUCCGCUUCUAUGGCCUUGGUGCGAGGCCUCGCACCUGUGGCUUUGGGGCAGGACUCAACACUUUCCUCACACCGAGUCCAGACUGCAAACACACACGCUCAGACAGGUGGAAAUGGACCACGCUGACCCCAGACAAGGCUGGGGCGUGCACAGUGAGCAGGGAGGACUCAAUUCAGCUCCAGCCCAGCGUGGCAUAUUGUUCCAGGUCUCUGGUCUCAAAAAGAGAAGUGAGAAACCUCUAUUUUACGUGAACUCUACAGUCACUAAAAUUAACUAAUCCGUUCUUCAACCAGCUUGGGCCAAACCAGGGGAGGCAGCCUGGGGCUGCACUCGUACUACCAAGCGGCGUCAGUCUCCUCCGCCACAGCCUGGUAGUUCGGGUGUCCCGCGACCCUCCUCCGCUCGCGGUCUCUGCUCGGCCCAGCGCGCACCAGCAGCGUACCAGCGUCCGUCCGUCCCGCACUCCGGUUGCACUUUGCCGCCCCGUCAGCACUGCGCCUGCGCGGGGGCGCUGCCGGGGCGAGCCAUCGCCUUGGCGGGGGGCGAGCGGGCACCCCCGCCCUGCGAUGGAGCCGUCCGUUGCCAUGGAGCUACCUGCUCCAAACCGCGCCGCCAGCCGACUCUGAGGAGCUUCUCCGCCCGUAUCCCGCGCUGCUCGGAACCGGCGGGGCCGCUGACAGGAACCCCCGCGUGCAGGUGCAGCCUGGGUUCCGGGCUCCGUGCAGGUUCCGGGCGGACGUGGCUAUGCUGUCCUUGCACAUCUAGGAAACCGCUGAGCAAAACUCGAGGGCGAGCGGGCUGGUGAGGAGGGACCCGGAGUGUCCGGGCCAAGGAAGGAAUUCCGAGAUCAUCUCAGUUUGCUGAUUUUGCCCCAGGAUGGAAGAAGACAACAAGAAGCUUUUGGAUGACAAGCCGCUCAUGGAAGAUGACACAGAGGAGCUGGAGGACCCAGAGCUUGUGCUGGACUGUGUCCCCAGGGAGGCUGAGCAGAAGGCCGGCCUGGGAAGCUCCUGUCCAGGAAUAGAGCAGAGCAAGGACAAACAGAAACAGAGGUUGACUGCUCAGGAGAAAAGGCAGGCCUGCCUGCUGCGCAGGGACUUGAGCCACCUGGACCAGCUGCAUGAAGAGAAAAACCUUUUCAUCCAGAAGACAAGGGAGGAGCUACGUGCCUGCCGCAGGAGGAUGGAACUCCUGAUCAAGCAGCAGGAGAGUGUGGCGGCCGAGAUAGCUGCAGAGAGGGCAGCCAACAACAUGGCAGCCAUGGGCCGCCUGGAGGCAGCAUCGCAGCGCCUGUGCUCGGAGCUGAAGAAUGAGCGGGACCUGCAGGCGCAGAUGAUGGUGGUGCUACAGCAGAGCGAGAGCUCCCUGUGGCAGAUCGAGGUCCAGGAGGGGCAGCUAGAGGACGCCCGCAAGUCGGCCCAAGAGGAGGCUGCAGCCGCCAGGAGAGGCCUUCAGGAGCGGGCAGCCAAGCAGCUGCACCGGGAGAUGGAGGCCUCGGGGAAGGCAGAGGGGAACAGGCUGCUGCGGGCCCGGAGAUGCGUGCACCUGCAGAAGGAGCUUGGACUCCGGCAGCAGAAGCUGGUGGAGGAAGCCCAGAAGAACCACCGGAAGGCCCUGAGAUUCCUGAAGGCCUCGUUGGGGAGGAUCCGUGAGCAGGAGCAGAAGGAGGAGCUGGAGACCCGAGAGCACAUGCGCAGGCGCAUGGACGCGGUGCUGGCCCUGAAGAACAGUAUCUCCGCCAACCGGGAAACGCUCCGGAAAUUUCAAGCAUGGGGCCAAGCCAAGACAGAGUUGGCAGAACAGAAGGCCCAGGCCGAGAAGAAGGCAAUUCUGGCCCAAGGUGGGGACGCCUUUAAGCACCUGUGCCAUCAGCGCCGGCGCCAGGAGUUGGAGGCCCAGAACCGCGCCUUCGAGGAGGAGCAGAAGCGCAGGAAGCAGGAGAUUGUGAGUCGGCUCUUGAAGGAAGAGGCCAUGGAGGACCGGAGGAGGGCACGGCCCGAGCCCCCCAGACCCGCAGGCCAGCGGAGCCUGAGGGACCAGACCUGGAGCUACGUGGCCACCUUCUGCGAUGGGCAGAGCACAGAGGCCCCGCUCUGCUGUCCCCUGCCUGAUGUCCCUGGACAGAGGCCAGGUCCAGCCCAAGAGCAGAUAAAGCUCCAGGAGACCAGGUCCAGAUUCUGCCAGUCCUCUCCAUUGCUGACGGCCAUCUCCAGUGAGUCUGUCCAGGGGGACGGGAGCCUCGGCGGGGAGGACACACUGGCUUGGCCGGAGAUCCCCGGGCUCUGGAAUGAGGACUACAAGCCUUUCCAGGUAUCCAAGGAGGAUGUGGACCAGAAGCCGGUGGGUGGAACAAAGAUGGACAAGGACAUCCUGGCGCGGACAAUGCAACGACUACGCAGUGGGGUGAUCCACAAACAGGUGGCAUCAGGGCGUGAGUUCAGAGGGUGCCCCUUCAACAGCAAGCCCAAGUUCAUCCACUUCAAGGACUUUGAUGUGGGCAAAGUGUACAAGAAGAAGAUCACGCUGAUCAAUGCCACCUACACGAUUAACUACUGCAAGCUGGUGGGCGUGGACGAGAGCCUGCAGGACUUCAUCCACGUGGACUUUGACCCCCCGGGCCCACUAUCAGCCGGCAUGUCCUGCGAAGUGCUUGUCACCUUCAAGCCCAUGAUAAACAAAGAUCUGGAAGGAAGUGUCUCGUUUCUGGCUCAGACAGGCGGAUUUUCUGUUCCACUGAAAUGUUCAACAAAGAAAUGCUCUCUGUCUCUCGACAAGGAGCUCAUCGACUUUGGCAGCUACACAGUGGGUGAGACUGCAAUCCGGACCAUCACGCUGACCAACACUGGGGGCUUGGGCACCAAGUUCAGAUUUCUUCUGGCAUCAGAGACUUGUGAGAUGGACACCUCCCAGUCGGUCCUAAAAUUAAGUAGUACCUUCACGUAUGAAGACAAAAGUUUGUAUGACAAAUUCACGACCAGUUUUUCUGAGCAUCAGAUGGAGGGCAAUGAGUCAUCUCCUACAGAUGUACCAAGCCAGAAGGAGUCUGGAAAGCUGGACGUGAAGGAGCAGGAGGAGGGGCACCCCAUCGAAUCAGAGGGCGUGACCUUGACCACCAUCAUGACUAUACCUCCCAAUGAGGAACAGAUGGAGUUCUCGCUGGGAGAGACAACAGAGGGGGACAUAGGCCCCUUCAGCUCCAUCAAGGUGCCCGUCAUCUUCACCCCGAUUGUCCCGGGAACGGUCCAGAACAGUUUCAAGGUUGUGUUUAAGAAUCAGCAGUGCCCAACUUUAUAUUUCAAAGUCGUUGGCGUGGCUAUCGAUGUGCCUGUCUGGGUACCAAAGCCCAACGUAGACCUGAAGAUCUGCAUGUACGAUCGGCUGUACCAGGACUCGAUCCUCGUCCACACACGGUCGAAGGCCGCGUUGCGCCUAAAGUUCGAGGUGUGCAAGGAGCUGCGGGGCCACAUGGAGCUCCUGCCUGAGACUGGCUACAUCCAGGCCCUGUCGUCCUACUCAGUGCAGCUCAAGUUCCUGCCCAGACACUCCCUCCCAGAAGACGCAGGGAAGUAUUUUGACAAGGAGACCAGGGUUCUGGAGGCCCCGAUGACUAUCCGGGUGGCUGACCAGAUCAAACCCGUGGGGUUUACUGUCCAUGCUAUAGUCACCACCUCGGACCUGGAGCUCAGCCCCGCAGGGCUGGACUUUGGCUACUGUACCAUCUACGAGGCCAUCAGGACCCAAAUCAGCCUCUGCAAUCAUUCCCUCCUGCCCCAGGAGUUUGGGUUCGUCGGACUCCCCAAGUUUGUGGACAUCCAGCCCAACGACGGGUUCGGGACAAUCCUGCCACUGGAAACGCUACAGCUCGAUGUGAUCUUUCAGCCCACCAAGGCCAAGGAGUACAACUUUGAGCUCAUCUGCAAGUCAGAGAUUAAUCGGUGCUUCAAGCUGGCAUGCCGGGCCGUGGGUGUCUACCCGCCCCUGGAGCUGUCCCACAACCAGAUCAAGUUUGCAGCCACCUCCUUGUACGACACAUCCGUGGCCACCCUGUAUGUCAUCAACUCCCACUUGAGCAUGAACUCACUGACCCACUCAGUGCCCCGCAUUGGCUCGGAGGAUGCUUUUCCCGUGGGGCCCACGUCUUUUGAGUUCCUGCUGCCCCCAGAUUCGCCCAUCACCAUCUCACCCCUGGUGGGCACCGUGUGGCCAGGAAAGAGGUGCCUGGUCCGAGUGGCCUUCCGGCCAGUGCUGCCCAGCGAGCUGAUCCACCAGGAGGCCUUCCAGGCCCUGAGCAGAAAAGCUGAGGUCAAAUCAUCCCAAAAGGAGACGGUCACCCAGAGGAAGGACCAGCGGAGACCAUCUUUCUCCAUGCUGCGGCUGCAGAACCAGGACCAGCUGCUCCGGGCCUCAGCCUCCCAGCCUCCGGAGCUGCAGAAGGAGGACCUCGCAUCCAGCUCUCAAGAGUACCAGUCGGCACAGGCCUCCCUGACCAGGUCUUUCCAGGGGAAGUUUGACAAGUUUGUGGUUCCCUGUGUUGUUGCUAGUGGCGACACCAAAGACAGGAAGGGGACAGAACCGCUGAGCUUCAGUCCCCACAACACGCUGUACCUGGAGCUGUGGUGUCCAGCGGUGGCGCCGUCUAUCGUGGUGACGUCUGACAAAGGCAAGACCAUCAUUAACUUCGGCGACAUUGCUGCAGGACACCGGGGCAUAAAGAAGGUCUCCAUCCAGAACAUCUCCCCUGAGGAUCUCGACCUGGAGUACUCCGUGCUGAACCCCGAUGGCCCCUUCGUCCUGCUGAACCCCACCAUCAGGUUGCCCUCCGGCGAGACCCAGGUCCUAGAUCUGUCCUUCUCCCCACGUGAGAGUGUCGUGGCCCAAGAAACACUGGACAUCAUCACCAAGAAAGGCACCCUCUCCCUGGCCCUCAUGGGCACGGGUGUGGCGUCCACGAUCACGUGCUCCAUUGAAGGUGAUGUCCUCAACAUGGGCUACGUGAUUGCCAGAGAGUCUGUCUCCUUGGGCUUCAAGCUGCAGAACAACUCCUCACUGCCCAUCAAGUUCUCCAUGCAGCUGGACAGCCUCUCCUCCAGGAGCAGAGACCAGCACCGCCUGCCACAGUUCCUGGCCUCGCCUGACCAGAGGACGGAAGUCGUGGGCACGCAGAACUACAGUGGCCAGAGCGUGUUCAGCGUGGUCCCGGUCGAGGGUGUCAUGGAGCCCGGCAAGGCUCAGGACUUCACUGUGACCUUCAGCCCAGACCACGAGAGCCUGUACUUCUCUGACCGGCUGCAGGUCGUGCUCUUUGAAAAGAAAGUGUCCCACCACAUCCUCCUGAAGGGCGCAGCCCGCGAGCACAUGAUGUUCGUGGAGGGCGGAGACCCCCUGGACGUGCCCGUGGAGUCCCUGACCGUGAUCCCUGCCUUUGACCUGGAGCACAGAGAGGAAGCUGAGGAGCUAAAGCCCAUCCUGGUGACCCUGGACUACGCCCAGCUGGAUCCAGAAACACAGGCCCCACCUGCCACCCGAGAACUGCAGGUGGGCUGCAUCCGGACUACCCAGCUGUCCACAAAGAAGACUGUUGAGUUCAGCAUGGACAACAUCGCAGCCCUGCAGCACAAGGGCUUCACCAUUGAGCCCUCCAGAGGCUCUGUGGAGCGCGGCCAGACCAAGGCCAUCAGCAUCUCCUGGACGCCACCCAUCGACUUUGAUCCAGACCACCCACUCUUGACAUCGGCCCUGCUGCAGCUCAGGGGGGAUGUGAAGGAGACCUACAAGGUCCUCUUUGUAGCCCAGGUGGUGACCGGUCCCUGAGGCCACAGGAGUCUCUCCACAGAGCCCCCUGAUCUUCCUG